CUGGUAAAUUCCUGUUCGUAAUCUGUUUAUUUUGAUUCCGAUAACUUCUCCAUUGUGCAAACUGUCAAGCUAUAGGUGUCAUAACUUUACGAAAUCUUUUAUGUUUAUAUACAAUUUUCUUGAGUUUUCUAUAAUUUGUUUUAAAUAUGAACCGUGGAAGACCUCACCAGCAAAUUUACAAGCCAGGAAGCGGACCUUUGCGAAAAACCGGGCAGCACUUAGAAGAUACCGAGUCGGAUACCAGCUUCGCGCAUUCCCGGCCGCACUACUCUAAAGACUCACAUUAUCGUUACAAACACAAAAACGAUAGAAAUAACAUUGAAAUCGAAGCUUUAGAUUACAAAAUCGGUGAUUUAGAUAUUAAGGAUGACUCCAGACGAAGAACUAAGAAACCAGACCAAACGUUUUAUGUACCGAAACCCGUUGCUCAAGCACGUGAAACCCCUAGUAUUAAUCGUUCGAAUGAUAAUUUGUCACACAUAGAUAAUAAAAGUGUAGCUAAUAAUAAUGGAAGCGAAAGCGAUCCUAGAUCCAAACGUUACUCCAACAGACGUAGGCCUAGCGACGUAAUCGACCUACAGGAAAACUGGAGGUCAAAUUCGCCUAGUCGAAGGGACGUUCGACAGGGAUCCGAACCGCGUGCAUAUCAGCCGAACAAUUGGAAUCGGGGAGUGCGCGACACGCGAAGCGUCGAUCCGUCUGGUGGCGGCCCCCCACCUCGAAAUUACGGCGGCGGACAUAUGUAUACGAAACCUCCGAGCGGAAGGAGGCACAGUAGCGUCGGUUUGGAGCAGGAGAAACGACAGCAGAAGAAUUUGGAUUCGCUGCCGCCUCGGUUUAAAAAGAAAUACUUGGAGGAGAACAAACUUGAUGUCAAUUAUAUCGGUACACAUUCGGAAGGGACGUGGGAUGGCAACAGUUUGGUAUUUCAGGGUUCCAAUCAACAUCACAGCAACCAACAAUCUCAGCAAGGUUACCCCAUGAAACCACCGACUUCCCUGCCACAUUCAAACAUGCACAUGGAACCACCUUAUCAUAAUCAACAUAUGUCUGAUAAUUACAACAGUUCAUAUUACACACUGCCACGUCGAGGUAGAGGGCGUAGUAGAAUGCCGCAAGAUUACGAGUACUCGGUCGGCGGGUCCUAUCGUAGUGUAACGCCCGACCGAGUUCAAAGAGGUAGCCCGACAAACUCACGCCCUACCACGCCUUUAAUGUACCAACACAAAACUAGAAGCAAUGAAAAUUUGUACAGAGGUGGUAAUCGUUUCGAAUCAUCAAAUCGGAUGCCAAGAAAUAGGGGUAACUUCACUCACAACACGGCAGGUAGAAGAGACACGAGAAGAGAAGACUAUCCCAAAAAUCAAACUGAGCAAAGCGCACCGACACACAAAUUUCAUGAGGAACCUCAGUGUAUGUCCGCGCCGUCUCCUAGUCCACCUCCAGCCGCUACGGAACCGACACCACCCCCAAUCGCAACUGUACCUGACAACAAUCGGAUAUUAGACUGGAGCGAGGAAGUUGAACUGCAAGUUCAACUUGAUGCGGAAGAAGCAUUCAGUGAUGUCGUUACAAGAAGUUCGUCAAUGGCUAGCUUGGUGGAACCCAACACUGUGUCUCAGCCCUCUAGCUCUAGGAGAAAAAACAAAAGGAGAAACAAAAGGAGUAAGAAAAGGAGCAGCAGUCGGUUCAGAGAGCACAGCAACGAUAAUCAAUUUGCAAACAAAUACGCUUCACAACGUAACAAAGACGAUCACAACAAUUACUACAAUAAUGGAGAGAAAGCGUCAGAGUCACGGUUUAGAAGACGUAAAACUUCGCGAGAUAAAAACGCCAGUAGAGAGUCGAGUUUCGAGCGCGGUGACAGUUCUCGAACUCAGCAUGAAAAUUGGCGAGAGGAUACCAUAAGAAAUAAACACAAUACCGAAAGGGACGAGGCUAAAGACAUUGAAAUGAAGAAGGGCGGUAUCAUUGUACUCCCCACUAAAGACCCGGAGAGACCGAAAUCGAUCAACGUAGAAUGCCCGCGAUAUCCUGACAUUAAGAAAACGAACAGCGGCCAGCAGAAGAGUCUCUUCGAUCCUAGCAAUCCCAGUAAACCAAUAAUUGUAAAAUCCAGUAGCGUGCGGAUAAGCGCGCCCGGAUUUUCGGAGAGCAGCGAAAAUUCGCCGCCUCAAUUGCACCAGUACGUAACGGAUCAAUUCGGAAACGUGGGUCCGACGUGGUACGACGAGAAUUCGGAAGGCUGGCGAAUAUGCCACUCGGUUCCUUUGCUGAAGAGUAUAAAGCAGGCCGAUUACGAGCUACAGCUUAUAAAUAAUUCCGGAUUAAUUUUAAGAAGCUGGGAGACCGUGAUCGGCCUGAGAAGGUUUCUAAUGGAUAGCCUCAACUACUUACUUUGUAAGGAUAUGAAAUUUUGCCAGUCGGAGAAUGUAGAGCAGCAUUUCUGGCGGAUUUUGUACCAUAAUAUUAUUGAGAUGAUGAGACAAGCAAUAACCAAUGAUCCUAGCAAUAAAAAACAAUACAAGGAAUUCGUAUUGUCUCUUAUUGACGAAGGUACAAAAUAUUUCGAAAGUUUGGUAGAGCUGUUAGAACAAACGUACAAAUUUAAAGUGAGCGAUCAUUUGGGUUACAACAGUUUAACGCCGCAGAAGGGUUUAGGACUUGUUGGACUCGCCUUGAUAUCCACUCAGAAGAUUUUCAUUUUUUUGGGGGAUCUGGUGCGAUACAGGGAACAGGUUAAUGAGACUUCUAAUUAUGGCAAGUGUAGACAAUGGUACAUUAAGGCGCACGAAAUAAAUCCUAAGAAUGGACGACCGUAUAACCAACUAGCAGUAUUGGCGGUAUAUGCAAGAAGGAAAUUAGAUGCCGUUUAUUACUACAUGAGAAGUUUAAUGUCAUCGAAUCCCGUCUCAUCCGCCAGAGAGUAUCUAAACUCGCUUUUCGAUGAGAAUGCAAGAAAGUACAUUCAUCAAAUAUGUUACGAACAAGGGGAGCGAAAACGUCGAGAAGAACGGGCGGAAAAGGCACGACAGCACAUGAAGGAAAAGGAGUCGGAAACGGUUGGCUUGCCAGGGUCCUUGCGGCGCGAAAUUUGGAUACGUCCCGACGGGGGACGUCGCGUGCAUCGCACCACCUCCGCCGCACAGGAACCGAAGCACGUCGAUUCCGAAGAGGAAGAUUUAGCCGCUCUACCGUGUCCCGAGGUCAAUAAGCGAUUCGUGACAAGUUAUCUUCACGUGCAUGGAAAACUAAUCACCAAAAUAGGCAUGGAAACAUUUCAAGAGGCCGCACUUCAGAUGCUUAAGGAAUUUCGCGCACUUUUGCAACAUUCUCCCAUGCCCCUCAACUGUAAUCGUUUUUUACAACUUCUCGCACUGAAUAUGUUCGCGAUUGACAGUACGCAGUUAAAGGAUGGGUUAGGAUCGGAGCACGGACUCCCUCUGGACGCCACAGCGCUGAUGGACGUGCACUUUUUCGGGUUAACCUUCAACCCUUGGGUCAGGGGCGCGUCCAACGUUGCGGUCAUGUCCACAUCAGGUGCGCUGUGCCCAAUUGACGCCAAACUCGAUACUUAUCAUCAAUUUCGUUGCGGUCAUGUCCACAUCUCGAUCUUCAAACAGGAUGACGUCGUCGGCAAGGGCCAGCGCCGAUAA